AUGAAAUAAGUGCGAAUUGUGAUACUUCCAUCUGACUGGAGGACUGCCUUUUCAGUUCGGAGCAAUACUUGGGGAACCCUUUCCCCUAAUCCAUAUACGGAAACCCAGACUCUCCAACCCCAUGAUUCCAUCAACGGAUGAACAACAUCCAACAUAAACUUUCCCCGCCAAAACCCUCACCACGUCGCCACCUCCACUCAAUCUACAAUCCUUUAGACUUCAUGUCGCUCGCUAAUUCCCAUUAUCCAUCUUUGAAGAGGUUUUCCACAUGCCGCCGGCCGGAAAGUCUCAAGCCGACCUCCAAGCCCAGCGGAAAAAGCUCAUCAACUCGUAUCAGGAACUCUUAGAGGAAUUCUCGAGCGAAGAGCUCCGCAAUGUUGGAAACUACUCCCUAGGCCGUCUUAUCGGCAAAGGAUCGUUCGGAAAGGUGUACCUGGCCACUCACAAGCUCACCAAUGGUUCCAAGGUCGUCCUCAAGUCCGCUAGGAAAGAUGACGCGAAUCUCGCCCGCGAAAUCCACCACCACCGACAAUUCCUCCAUCCUCACAUCGCGCGUUUAUACGAAGUCAUAGUCACUGAGAAGCUUGUAUGGCUGGUGUUGGAGUACUGUCCAGGGGACGAGCUCUAUACCCAUUUGCUGAACCAUGGCCUGAUGGAACCGUCCAAAGUCCAGCGCAUUUUCACACAGCUGGUCGGCGCCGUCGCAUACGUACACCAAAAGUCAUGCGUUCACCGAGAUCUAAAACUGGAAAAUAUACUGCUAGACAAGCAUGGGAAUGUCAAGCUGGUCGAUUUCGGAUUCACUCGGGAGUACGAAGGAAAGUCGAGCUACCUUCAGACUUGGUGUGGCACCGUGUGUUACAGCGCGCCGGAAAUGUUGAAAGGGGAAAAAUAUGCCGGCGAAAAGGUCGAUGUCUGGAGUCUGGGUAUCAUACUGUAUGCGUUGCUAUGCGGCGAGUUGCCGUUUGAUGAAGAUGACGAAACCGCUACGAAAACACGAAUAUUGAAGCAGGAACCGAAAUACCCCGACACCCUUCCACAGGGCGCGAAAGAUCUGAUUGCCUCCUUGCUGUCGAAGCGACCGCUUCUACGACCAUCGCUUUCAGACAUUCUCACGAAUCCGUGGCUUGCGGAGCAUGCGCCUCAUCAAGUUCAUAUCCUCAAACUUCAGCAGCCGGAACCGUUUUCCACGGAGCUCGAGACGCAGACGCUGGCGAGAAUGAAGAGCGCGGGCGUCAGCAUUGACAUGGUGAUCACGCACGUCCUUGAGAUGCACUGUGACGCCUUGGCUGGAUGGUGGGCCUUACUGAUCGAGAAGGAGGAGCGAAAGGCGAAGCGGCUCGAGCGGAAGCGAAAAGAGCGGGAGGCGGAAGUCAAGAGUCUACGUCGAUUGAGUGCAGCCAGCAGCCGUCUGGAGCGCAUGGCACCAACCAUUCGAGAGACGGAUGAAGAGGGUCUCCAUACCGUCCUGAUGGGCGAUCCUCCGAAGUCAAGAGGCCGGAAUCCCAAUCGAUUGAGUUCUCGUAGGUCUACCACUCUUCAAACUUGACAUUCGCUAAUGCUCUCACAGAAGCCAUGGUACCUGAUUUGCCAAAUGUUCAAGAGACUUCCGUAUCCCCGCAAGCAGAAAUUGAAAAUUGGCCACCACCUCCCAUCGACAAAGAUCCGAGGCCUACCCGUCGAUCCGCCAGUUCAUCAAGAUCCCGUCCUCCUCUUCCGCCCAAAGAGCGCCGUGUUUCCCGCGGCAGUAUGCUUCACCUUGUCACCACCAACGCGGACCUUGCGCCUUCGAAUGGUAUUUCCAACAACGGCGCCAUCAC